CAAGUCAGUCGUCGCCGCCAAAGCAUGGCAUGCGGCCCACAGAUAGCACAGCUGUCAAGCGUCCCGCAGCAGCAGAGCCGACGCUCUCUUGCGAGCCUGCGGCUGUAGCAACCAAGCAAACCACGCCUCAUGCCGACCACGCAUUGUCAUUCUCUAACCGAGCAGAGGCUAACCCGCUGUCUCUGUCUCGGCAUGACUCCAAGCUUUCAUCUGAUGUAACGAACGGUGGCGACAUCAAAGCCAAGCUUGCAUCAGACUUCGGGUGUAGGGUCAGCGAGCCAAAGCCAGCAAAGUCCGCCACAGCGCAGCGAAGCAUAGGCGCGAGUCAAUACUCUGAAGAUCCUCCUCCCGAGUUUCGCGGACGCGGGCACUUCCAAGGCCGCGGCAGAGGUGGCUUCAGGUGCGAACCUGGCAAUAAAGCUCUCCGCAGCCAAAGAUGGCCGAACAAGAACGAUAUCCCAAAGCCAGUUCCCAAGCGGUGGGAAACGAACUGGAACUCCGAAAGGUCCGUGGUCGACUCACUUCAAGCAGACAGUGGCUGGGGUGAGGACAAGAAGAAGCGUGCCGCCGAUUAUGGUGGCUCCAAGUUGACCGACUGGACCGGCGGCUGGGCGCCCGCACCGAUCGACUGGGAUGCUAGACCUGGAUUCAGCGACUCUGGCACGCUAGCGCGCAUCGAGAAGUGGCUAGAUGCAGUCGAGAACGACUUGCACGGCCUGCAAAGCGGCAUUGAGGAGGCUUUGGUGCUCGAUGGAAAGAACGCUGCCAACGACCUGGCGCCGCGUUACUGGGUGCCAGUCGUCAUCGGGAACCAGGCGCCGAAUGUCUUCUUCGCCGACCUACUGGCGUCUGUGGAGCCUCGCCCCCUCGAUGAUGACGAUCUUACUGGGGCCAGGCCUUGGUGGGUGCUGUAUGGAGCACCAUCUGACUGCGUUCUACUUUCGCCAUGCUCUCAUCCAGAGAUUUCCGGCUUUGAUCCCAACGAAGAGAAUCUGCGGGAGAAAGCAGCUCGCGAAGCUGACCAAGGCUCCGACAAUCAUGCCGAAAAUCGGAAGCGAGCGGAAAGAGCAGAGCGCGAGGCCAAGCAGAAGAAAGCGCAGGAAAAGCUUCAGCGCGAGAAGAACCGCGCAAGCAAGUUGAGCAAAUUGCCAUCAAACUCAGCUGCACACCAGCGCAUCAAGCCUGGCGUGAAUAUCUACUUGCGAAUGGCUAAGGCCAGCGACAUGGCCCAAGUACGGGACAUCUACAAUUACUACGUCGACUUCACCUGUUGUACACCAGAGACCGAGACACGAACGACAGCCGACAUGCAAAUGCGAUAUGACCGCGUCAUGAGCAACACGCUGCCUUUCCUCGUCGCCUGUGAGCGAGGAGGGAAGUUGCCUCGUCGUGGUGGCAGAAGGCACCGCGGAGGCGGCGAAGACAUUUGGCUUCCUGAUCGGAUCGUUGGUUUCGCCACGGCGGACGACUUCCACGACAUGAUGGGGAUGUAUCGCUUUACAUGCGAGAUCGAGGUCUACGUCGCAAAAGACCGCACUAUGCAAGGUAUUGCCAAGUGUCUUUGCGACAAGAUGCUCGCCAUGCUGGACCCGGAUUACCUCGAACGCGGCGGCUACGAUAUCCAAGGUGAUGAUCUCGAAGGCGUGGGGCCGUCGCGUGUAAUGCAGAACAUUAUCGUGCACGUUCCGUACGAGAAGCCGGAGCGCCUGGAGUGGAUGAGCCGUUGGCUGUACAGCAUGGACUUUGAGCAAGAAGGCAAUCUGUCCGAUGUGGGUAACAAGGUCGGCAUGAGCAUAUCUCUGGCGAUGUUCAGACGCAAGACUGGUGCAGUCUUCGAUGCAGCCAACCCCCCUACCAUGAUGAGAUACCCAUUAUGAGGAAGAGCUUUGGGCAGCUCAGCUUAAUACCGUGCCUUUGGGCCGCCGAAUAGUAAAGGGAUGAUGGUACGGCGUGUUGUUCGCUGGCCGCCGAUGAAGCCGUAAUAUCGGGCGUUCGGCGUUCUUGAAGACAAGGUACCAUUGACUACGGCCUCCGACAUAAAAGUGCUUCUGCAUAUGAUAUGAAUGUUCAUUAGGCCUCCGGCUGGAUCCCCAGUGGCUUGCUUGCCGCAUCACAC